UUCCACCUCGCUCCGCCUAUUUCUCUCUGGUAACAACAAACAGCGCCAAACUGCUGUAACCGUUAAUGGACCGAACCCCGGUGUGUUGCGUUCCUGACGGAACAAUGGACCCGUUAUGGAAAAAAGUCAACUCCUUUACUGGACCUAUUCCCCGGUCAAGACACGGACACCGAGCAGCGGCUAUUCGGGAACUUAUUAUCGUGUUUGGAGGUGGAAACGAGGGGAUAGCGGAGGAGCUCCAUGUUUACAACACCGUCUCUAAGCAGUGGUUUCUCCCAGCGGUGAGAGGGGACAUCCCUCCAGGCUGUGCUGCCCAUGGUUUUGCCUGUGAGGGAACCCGCAUCCUGGUCUUUGGUGGCAUGGUGGAAUUUGGCAAAUACAACAACAGCCUGUACGAGCUACAGGCGAGCCGCUGGCUGUGGAAGAAGCUGAAACCCAGGCCACCAAAGAAUGGCAUGCCACCCCCAUGUCCCCGCCUCGGACACAGCUUCACCCUCAUUGGGAACAAGUGCUACCUGUUCGGGGGACUGGCCAAUGACAGUGAGGACCCCAAUGGCAAUGUCCCAAGGUACCUAGAUGACUUUUAUGAGCUGGAGCUGCAGUCAGUGUCAGGGGUGAAGGGUUGGAACAUUCCAGAUACUAAGGGUGUAGGUCCGUGGGCUCGAGAGUCCCACACCUCGGUGGCAUACACUGGGACAAGCUCCCCCAAACUCUACAUCUUCGGAGGGAUGAGAGGCAGUCGCCUUGACGACCUCUGGCAGCUUGACCUCGAAUCUAUGACAUGGUCUACACCUGACACUAAAGGACCCCUUCCUCUACCCAGAAGCCUUCACUCUGCCAACGUUAUAGAAAACAAGAUGUAUGUUUUUGGGGGAUGGGUCCCCGUUCCAGAGACAGACAAACCUAACGCCCUGGGAGCUGAAUGGAUAUGUACCAACUCCUUAUCCGUGCUCAACUUAGACACCAUGACAUGGCAGAGCCUAGGCCCGGAUCAGCAACAGGGGCAGACAGUGAGCCAGGGUGACCAGGAAGAGUCCCAGCCCAGCAGCGGGGGACCCCGAGCCAGGGCAGGCCACUGUGCUGCCUCUGUCGGCUCCCGCCUCUACAUCUGGAGUGGCCGUGACGGCUACCGGAAGAGCUGGAACUACCAGGUGUGCUGCAAGGACCUGUGGUAUCUGGAGACAGAGCGGCCCUCCACCCCAGCAGCAGUACUACUGGUCAAGUCCACCGUCAACAUGCUACAUGUGGCCUGGCGCCCCCUACCUGCAGCAGAGUGUUACAUCCUCCAGCUGCAGCCCGUCUCCCCCUCCAACACCCCAGCCAACCCCACUGCCCGACCCAGCACAGAUGGCCAGGAGAGGAACCCCCAGGACCAAGAUGUCCAGUCAGCUCAGAUCCCAGAUGACCCCACCUCACAGGAAGCCCAGAAUACAUCCCAACAGGAGGUGGCUGCAGGGCAGAAGGUGACUCCCAUGGAAGUGUCAGAGGCUGUUCGAGACCCGCAUCCAGAGGGAGAAAGUGAUGCUAGUGGAAAAACACACUCCGAGUCCUUUGGACAGGAGGGUGACCCCACAAAAACCUCCCAGCGCUCGGACACAGUGGCGAGCAGUGAGCACCAGCCAGGACAAGAACCUGACAGCACUUCCUCAGAUCCCAACACUGUCAAAUGCAAGGUAUCUGGUGAGAAAUUAGAUGAGUCUGAGUGGUUUGAUGCUGGAGUGUUCAAAACCCUGUUCUCUGAGGUUACCCACUACUACCUGCCACCUGGGAAUGACUUUAUUCCCACCAUCUACAGCAGACCCACUAACACUAAAGAGAUUAAUUUGCAGGGGCCUCAGGACUAUGAGUGGAGGGAGAAGCAGGAGCUGUGUCCAGGUGUAGCGUACAGGUUCAGAGUAGCAGGCAUCAACAGCUGUGGUCAGGGAGACUUCAGCCCUGCCAGCGAGUUCAAAACCUGCCAGCCCGGCUUUCCCGGAGCGCCCUCAGCUGUCAAGAUCACCAAGGCUAAUGACUCUGUCCACAUCACGUGGGACUCCCCCACCUCCCCGUCAGGUAAGAUCCUGGAGUACUCCAUGUACCUGGCGGUGAGGAAGACCCGGUCCAGCAGCAGCUCUGAGCGUCCUGGCCAGCUGGCCUUCAUCAGGAUCUACCGUGGCACCAAGACCUCUUGCACAGUCAGCCCCGCCCACCUGGCCAAUGCCUACAUUGACAGUUCCGCCCCCAACCGGCCAGCUGUCGUCUUCCGCAUCGCGGCCAAGAACGAGCAGGGCUACGGGCCCGCCACACAGAUUCGCUGGCUACAGGAUGCCAGUAAACUCAAAGCCUCAUCAUCACAACCAGACGGCAGCCCCACAGAGGCAGAACAGGAGGCAGCAGACAGCUCAGGUUGAAGAUGGACUGCCAGACGCUUGCCGAUACCCAGGAAAGAUGAUGUAACUAGUCAGAGGGCAUGACUACUUUCCAACCCGAGUCAUGUCCCCCA